AUGCCUGGAGAGUGGUCUCGUGAGGAUGGCAUCGCAAGCGGCAUCGCUCUCUCGGAUCAGCCCUUCAUUGUGCCCGUUCCCCUCUUCAACAGCCAGCCGGCGGCCCUACCAACCUUCACCGUCGUGCCUCGUAAGGGGGCGCUCAAGGCGGUUGAGGGCUGGGAGUGGCCCUCUCAAGAGCACAGCGUGAUCAUCAACUUCGAUGCGGUGGACAGCCCCGCGGCCUGGGCGGCUCGCAAGCACGGCUGCUCGCUGCUGAACGAAACUGCGGCCGAACGCGGCAUCCUCGCUUCCGCGGACGCCACCUGCCAGCUGCUUUCGGAGUGCCCGUCCGAAGAGCUUUGCAUAAAGGUCCGCGCACAGAGCUUGGGAGGCAGGAGCGCCGCGGACACGAGCUUGCACGACUUCAACGAGGGGAGGAAGCCGAAUCAGACGAUGCUUCUGUCUCCGGAGGGUGCGGUGAAGCUCUUGCUUUGCUUGCGGACCCGCGCCCCAGAUUGCAGCGAAGGCUUCGAGCGGAAGUGGCUUUAUGACCCGGGCAGCCGCAGCAUCAACCUUGAGGACUACGCCCUGAAGGUUCCCAUGGAGACUCUGUUGGAGCACGCCGACAGGCUCCGCAGCUUCGCGGGUUUGUCGCUGCUCAAAGAAAUCCGGAAAAAUCUGACGCAGGAGGAGGCCGGGCACUUCGACGAGGAUGCCGCAAGGGCGGUCUGGCAACUGCCCGAGCCUUCGUCCGACCUGGUCUCCACGCUUGCCACGCUGGUGCAAGAGGAGAGACAGAUGCCCAAGCUCCUGGCCCAAUCGCUGAUGCGCAGCCCGUCUCCGAAGUUGCCGCCCAAGAGCAGCCAGCUCAAGGCAGCCUUUGCCGACCUCACCGUGCUGAAGGUGAACUUGGAUGAUGCAGCGCAACUCAACCACUUAGCCACCCUGGCCCAGCUUGCUCCUAGGCUGCCUUUUUGGAUACUUCUCAACUUCUGA